UUCCAGUCGUCUCAACUUCAAUAUGCUUCUUCACCUAUUGCUUCUUGGCCUUAUUUUCACCCUACAGAUUCCUGCAUCCUCUGCUGCCAUUGACUCCAUUGCACCAGGCCAAGGACUUGUUUGCGGUGUUAGUGACAAGCUUGUCUCCCUAGAUGGCAAGUUUGCGCUUGGCUUCUUCCAACCAGGCAGUAUGUCCCACAACACCUUGAAUUGGUACCUAGGCAUUUGGUUUAAUAAAGUCCCCAAGAUAACUCCUGUGUGGGUCGCAAACCGUGAUGACCCAAUCACACAGCCCGCUUUAGUUAGCUUCACAAUUUCCCAAGAUGGCAAUCUUGUCAUCUUAGAUCAAGCCACCAAUACCAUGAUCUGGUCUAGCAGAGUUAGUAUCAGAACCAACACCACCAUUGGCAUGCUCAUGAACAAUGGAAACCUUGUCCUACAAAAUGCCUCAAACUCAUCCGACAUUUUGUGGCAGAGUUUUGACCACCCAACAAAUACUUUCCUCCCUGGUGCAAAGAUCGGCCGAGACAAGGUCACUGGUUUGACUCGCCGUCUUGUUUCCAGAAAGAACUUGAUUGACCCAGCUCGUGGUCGUUACGUUUAUGAGUUAGUUCCUAACGAGUUGAUCCUUAAGCUUUUGAACUCAUCCGUAGCAUACUGGUCUAGCGGGGAAUGGAAUGGACAGUAUUUUAGCUCCAUUCCGGAGAUGUUAAGCCGCAGCUUGAUAGACUUCAAGUUUGUCAACAACACAAAUGAAGAGUACUUCACAUUCACCUUACUGAACGACACGAUGAUCAUGCAUCAUCUACUUGAUGUUUCUGGUCAAAUGAAGACUUUAAUCUGGGAUGAGAUUUCACAGGAUUGGUUAGGUUCCUACUCCAACCCCAAAGCUCAGUGUGAUGUCUAUGCUCUCUGUGGACCAUUCACUGUGUGCGAUGAUAACUCAGCUCCAUAUUGUAGCUGUAUGAAGGGCUUCUCCAUAAGAUCCCCAGAGGACUGGGAGCAAAAUGAUAGAAGCCGUGGAUGCAUGAGAAAUACUCCUUUAAAUUGUGGCAGUAACAGGAGUACUGCAGGAGUGACCGAUGAAUUCUAUUCCUUGUCCAAUGUGAAAUUGCCUCAGAAUGCUGACAACAUUGUCGCUGCUAUCAGUGCUAGAGAAUGUGCAGAAGUUUCCUGAGAAAUUGCUCUUGCACUGCAUA